AUGUCCCAGCACGCAGCCUUGACCAGCUUGUUUGGCGAUGACCCUUUCUUCAGUCAUGAACAGGUGCUGUGGCCUCUCAAUAUUGAAGCCCUGUCUUCUCUCCAGCGAGACUUCUUCAACCGGAGAGCCAAACUAGCAGACAGCCUCCUGAGCCAGCUCUAUGAUGGGCCCCAGCUGCUCAACUUCAACCAGAUGCCCCUAAUGUCUAACACAUUGAAGCGGCUGAGUGAUGAUGAAGAGCAGCAGAGAGAGCUUUCCACUACAGAGACCCUCAAGGAAGUACAGCCAGUUAAUGAAAACAACGGUGACCUCCUGGUGACACUAGAUGCUCGCGGUUAUGCCCCCAGUGACAUCACUGUCAAGCUGGAAGGCCGGUGUCUGGCAGUCGUUGCCAUGAAGGAGGCCGGAGCAGAAGAGAGCCAGUCCUGCUCUUCCUCAUCCUCCUGUGCGUCCUUCUGCUCCUCUGCAUCUUCUCAGGCAGGGUUCGCCCAGAAGAUCGACCUGCCUCCUCACCUGGAUCUGUCCGGCCUCUCUUGUUCCCUGAUGGAUAACGGACAGCUGCGUAUCCAUGCCCCUGUGGCUAAGCAAACAGCUGGAGAGGAACGCCAGGUACCCAUUCGUUUCAGGACAUCGCUGGAGUUUCCCAUCAAAAAGGACGACACAGAGGAAGAACAAAGAGACUAG